CGACAAUUCGUCAGCAGCGUUGUGUUUUUCUGUUCUGUCAUCAAAGCAGUCGCAUCGCAAACGCAUCGACAUCCACGUUCGAAGUCGAACAUGACCUCGUCGACGAUGGCAUCGAUGGAUGGUCCCAUGCCAAUCCAAACUUACAUCCUGCAUCGCGACCAGUACCACAAGAGUUACCCACCUCUCCUCGAACACCCGUAUGACUACAAAGUACACCCUGCCCAGCCCGCUCUCGUCUAUAUCCACAGUGUCAUUGCUUCUUCCCAGCUCGUCGAGAAAGAACUUUACGCUCUCAACCUAAAAUUUCUCGAAUGCCAUUGCUUCACACGCCACAAUCCCAACAUCAAGCCUCAGUAUCGUUACCCAGUCAUCUCCAUCUCGGCGACUGGACACCCUGAUCAUUUCACCUCUGCUGUAAAAGUCAUCUGGAAGAAACUCGCAAACUGCAGAAAGGACGAGUUCAUGCAAAAGCUUGUCGUCGAGAUCUACGAUCGCGCCCUCAUGACUUCGAGAGAGCGUUUUGAGAUCUCUGAGCCUGUGGCAGUAGAAGCAGGACUGUCGCCUCUACCUGCUGGACUGCAACGCUUCAGAAAGCAAUUGAAUGCGUGGGUGCAGUUUACACCUUGUCUGAUGUACGCGCACUGCUCGGCCAGUACUGAAGACAACAAGCCCAUCCCCACUCUACUCGUCCGCUGUCUGCACAACAAGACUGCCGACUUCGCCAAGUUGGAAGACGACAUCCAACGCCUUCUCCCCAAGGCUCAGAUCAUCUUCAAAGCCAUCCCACCUCUUCCCAACGACGAAGCAGAAGCCCGCUCAGCAAAACAAAUCGCCAACCGUCUCGACUCCGACCUCUGGGCGCUUAGACAAAAAAGACACCACUCCUUCUUCACCUAUCUCGUCAACAUGUUCAAGCACCCUUCUUUCCCCGCCCUCACCGCCACACAACAAUCCUCCCACAUCUUGGAAAAACUAAACGACCGAUACCACCAUUACAUCUCCUCCCACACCCCCGAUAUCCCCGGCCUCCCUCCCCCAAACCUCGAAUCCAUCAUCUACCUCGCCACCGAACUCGACGCCAAACUCAAACACCCGGGCGAAUCCGAAUCAAUGUCGUACGCCCUGUUUUUCGCGGACACAAGAAGACAGCUCAAUCAAAUGGUGGUUCGCGCCAACGCCCUCGCCGCCGCUGAAAAAGAAAAGCCAAAGCUGCCGGAACCUGUGGAGUUGGGAUUGGACUACGGUGAGGAGAUGACGUGGUUGGAAUAUUAUGUUCGUUUUAGGACUCCUGGUGUGGAGAUGAGGUAUGCACAACGUAUGCAUAAGUUGGAGAAAUCUGCCGCUGCUGCUGCUGCUGCUUCUACCCCCUCUACCACCUCCAUCACAGAAGCAGAAGCAGAAAUCUGGCACCCAUACCACCCACGCACCCACUUCCCCCCUACCAUCCCCUCCCGCCAAUCAGCCAUCCCUUCCAACUGCACAAUCCUCGGCUCCCUGGACCUUCCCUUCCCCAUCGACCUCCGCGCAGUCUUUGAGCAAGAGGAAGAAGAUCAAUGGAGCACCAUCGACGCCACUGAAGCUGUGGGAAAAGAAGACGAAGAUGGGCAGAGAAGUGCAUUGGAUGAAGUGGUGGGUUAUGUCAGGGGAAGCGUGUGGUUUGACAACGCGUGUAAUGCUGCUGGUAGGGUUGCUUUGGGGAAGGAGUGGAGGAAGUGGAGGAGGUGAUGGGAGGGUGUGAGAAUAGGGGAGUGGAGGGGUUGCAAGGAGAAUAAGGGUCUAAAUGAAUGAUCCCGGAUAUAUACAUGGCU